CUCUCCUAUGUUAUCUAUGCAGUUCUUUACAAUUUCACCCAGAAAUAGGGUUAGAGACUGAAAAGUACCUACGAACAAAAAAGCACGCUUUUGUGGUUUCACAAACAUUUAACGAGCAUCGUUCUGUAUAUUCAACAGAUCAAAUAGUGGACUUUUACGGAGAAGUUAGUUCCAGAGAGAUUUUCUCAGAGUUUCAAAUACCGAGCCUUUCUAAUGGCGUCUGCUAUCAUGAAAUGGAUGGUCGACCCGAACCGCAAUCCCCUCGCCGCUCUUCACAUGAAAACGUUGUCCAAUCGCCUCAAGAAAUACGGUCUUCGAUAUGACGAUCUGUACGACCCGAUGUACGAUCUGGAUGUGAAGGAGGCGCUGAAUCGGUUACCUAGACAGAUCGUUGAUGCGAGAAAUCAGCGCCUCAAGCGCGCUCUGGACCUAUCCAUGAAGCACGCCUACCUUCCAGAAGAUCUCCAGGCGUGUAGGUACUGGGGUGUUUUGGGAUUUGCUUUUUGGUCUUUUCUUGAUGCCAGUAUAUUGUCUCCUUGUAGGAGUGUGCUCUUCUCCUUUGCAUUGUAUGAGCAAGGAGCCCUCUUUGCCAGUUGGCUGCGGUUAUGUUUAAUAAUUACUCUUGCUGUUAACUUCAUCACCGUUUGCUUUAUCCCUCCCGCCAUACCAGUAACAGUGCAAGUUGCAAUGCAGACACCAUUCAGGAGUUAUCUUCAAGAGAUGCUUGCUCUUGUUAAGAGAGAGAGAGCUGAACGUGAAGCACUUGGAGCUUUGCCUCUUUAUCAGCGCAGCAUUCCAUGAGUAUUUCAAUCUUCGCUAGGCCACAAUAUCUUUGAUUGAAUUACAUGUGAUUGAAUAAGGGCGGGUCAUUUUGGUCCCUUUCUAAGAGUGGACUGAAACUGUUUCUGAAUUUGUGCUCCUCUCCUUGAUACAUCUGCGAGCAUUGGGCUCAUGCAUCGUUUGAUUAUUAGUUCACAUUAUAUAUAUACUGUGUUUAGGCUUGUUGCUUUUGUUUAUGCGUGUGUUUCAGUGUUUGUAUCGUCUUAAGUCUCAAAGUGGGGCUUGUAUUUCUUGCGAGUUAUCCAAGACUUAUAAAGGAUGAUUCUGGUUUUAUUCCCAAGUUAUCUGGGAGGUUAUAAGAUUGUGUUAUGGCUUAUGGUCCGGCCAAUUGUUGGCGAAAGAAGUGAGCCGAAGUUUAUCGCUCUAUGAAAGCCCAUUUUUAUACAAGGUUUAUGAAGUGUUAUUUAAGAAAAUUUAGAGGUAGACAAACAGAUAAUGCACAACAAUUUGCAUGACAUGAAUAAAUAUUUUCUGAAAUUGAUAAAGUUACAUAUCCUUAAUAUGUUGCCCAUGUCUGAGC